GUCUUAGCAAUCCGAGCACAUGUUCUGGCACACAUGCCCACUUCUGUGUGUUGAACUCAAUGUCGCCGGAUAAGUUCAUGGAAACGCAUCUGCGAAUGGACGGCCCGUGUCAAGUGGCAAUUGGCGGUUACCUUUUCAAGGAGUGCCAGAACGUGCCUGCUACGGAUCAGACCCGACGGAUAUGGCUUGCGGUCCUGCUUGCCAUCAAGUUGUGGCAUGCAGUGGCACACGUUCUGAUGAUGAAGAUUAGCUUCAACAACCAGAUGAACGUGACCCCGGUCGUAGAUAAAAACAACAUCCCUACCACAGAUGAGAACGGGAACCCCGUCACUACGCUCAAGCCGUAUCUGAGCCCCGGAGGGCUGCUGAAAGGGGAAUCUGGGGAAGCUUUUGAGAUCGAGGUCUUCAAUGGGGUCAUACGGAAUGCGCGGACGAAAGGCCGAAAAUGGGUACUGUAUCUCUCCACUAUUUGGUUACUCACGCAAACACAUGCGUUGACUGUUGAGGACCACCACGGACGGCCACACCUGCUUCCCGUCCAAUGGGGCCGGGACUUGUUGACUCACACCUUUUGGACAACCGCGAACAACUCUCUUAUUCCGCAAGAACUAGGCACCGGCUUUGUGGAGGAGCUGAGAGUUGAGGACCAGGACCUCGUCCUCAUCGUCAACGGUGGUGGUAGCAAAGAAAUCGGCACACCAUUAACUCCCGCAGAAAUGAUUGCCCUCACGGACGCUGUGCCAGUCGAACCUGGCAGGGGAGCGACUCUUGAAAGCCGACUCCGUCGUUUGUCGAGUCGUCAGGAUCGUAACCCUUAUUAA